AUGGAAUCGGAUAGCGAAGCCAGCAACGACUCGGCUAAUGUCAGGCCUAAAAACGAUCAGAUGAUCCGCGUAAAAGACCUCCUACUUGCCGCAUUGUCUCCUGAUGAUGAUGGUUCUAGCGAACAGUCGCUUGCUAAUGUGUUUUCUGAAGAAUACGAUGAAAUUGGACGUGUCAAACUUCUCCAUGACGCAUUCACUGCCAUUUGCAAUAGAAGGGAGGAAGUUGUAGAUGAUCCCAUGUUUGAGUAUCGUCUGGUGACCACCGUAAGCAGGUUGAUUCAGCAAGAACUUCUCAAAAGUUCCACGGUCGACAAUUACGUGCAAUGUGCGCAAAAGAGAGACCACUGUUGGGAACUUCUCAAUGCUGCUACUGUGAAACUGCCUGAAGACUGGGACGCUGAUGUCGUUCUCAAAGGAAUAGAAAAGCUCGCUACGGAGCUUGCCACUGAGCCCGAUACCAAAGAUGUUGCUGAAGAUCUUUCUGGGCGCAAUGUUCCUUUCUUUCAUGCCGAUUUUGUUUCUCAGAGCCACGGCAUAUGUCUGCAUUCCAAUUCUGUAAACAGCCUGGGAGAUCGGAUAAGAUGUUUCGAACUGGGACUGACAAGCAUAUGUCUAAAAAUUGCUGCUAAUAUGGCGGAGCGGGCAGUCGGAGUGGGCACAUCCUCGAUUGUUUAUACAUGA